AUGAGACUUCCAAGCCUUUGCGUGUUCUGGCUGUUCCCAGUCGGACAUGCUACUUGCAGCCUGACCCGGAAAUGUUCCGAUCUCGCGGAAAAACUGUCUCUGCCCAACACAACGGUCUGGUUCACAGAAUUCAUCCCCGCCGGCGCCACUAUAUCAUUCUCAGACAACGAUCCAACAUGUGGAAGGGCGCAGCAACAAGUCGACGUUGACAUUUGCCGAGUAGCAACGCUCACCGAAACUUCCUCAAACCCGCCAAGCAAUAUCAGCCUUGAAGCCUGGCUACCGUCGGACUGGAACGACAGGUUUCUGAGCACAGGAAACGGUGGUCUCAGUGGCUGCAUUCAGUAUGAAGACAUAGCUUACGGUGUUUCUCGAGGGUUUGCAACUGUCGGGGCCAACAAUGGUCACAACGGCACUUCUGGCGAGCCAUUCUACCAGAACCCCGGCGCUGUGGAAAACUUCGUCUACCGUUCGGUGCACCUUGGUGCCGUCUUGGGAAAACAGAUCGCCGAAACGUACUACGAGAGGGCCCAUGACAAGUCUUACUAUCUCGGGUGCUCCACUGGUGGCAGACAGGGCUUCAAGGCAGCGCAAGAAUUUCCGACCGACUUUGACGGAAUAGUUGCAGGGGCUCCCGCCUUCGCCUUUACCAAUUUGACGUCCUGGAGCGGUACUUUCUACACGAAUUCAGGCCCACCAGGCUCUCCUACGUUUCUCAGCCAAGCACAAUGGGCUCUGGUCUCCAAGGAUUUUCUGGACCAAUGCGAUGAUCUGGAUGGCCUUGUCGACGGAAUCAUUGAGGACCCAAAUCUUUGCCAUUACCGGCCAGAAGCCCUCCUCUGUGGUUCAGACUCGUCAACUGACUGCCUCUCUGGCGAGCAAGCCGAGACAGUGCGGAAGGUGUUCUCCGAUCUUCACGGGAAGGACGGGACUUUGGUAUACCCCCGCCUUCAGCCGGGCGGCGAUGCUUCCCUUCUCAUGUCGGGUCGGCCAUUUCCUUACACAGUUGACUGGUUCCGCUAUGUCGUCUACAGCGACCCAGAAUGGGAGCCUUCGACCCUAGGCCCUGAAGACUACGCUUUUGCGGCAUCUCAAAACCCUUUCAAUGUUCAGACGUGGGAGGGCGAUCUCGCUGAAGUUCGCAAUCGUGGAGCCAAAAUUCUCCAUUACCAUGGGCUCCAGGAUCCCGUCAUAAGCAGCGACAACUCGGAGCGCUACUAUAACCACGUUGCAAGGACGAUGGGUCUGAAAACGACUGAGCUUGACCACUUUUAUCGCUACUUCCGUGUUUCAGGAAUGGGCCACUGCAGCGGCGGCGCAGGUGCGUACAAGAUUGGUAAUUCGAUGAAUGCUGUGUCCGGAUAUGAGCCUGAGGAGAAUGUGCUUUCGGCAAUCGUGCGUUGGGUUGAAGAUGGACUUGCGCCCGAAUAUGUUCAAGGAACAGGGGAGACUGAUGAGGGUGAGACAUUUGCUAGGAAUCACUGCAAGUAUCCUCUCAGGGGCAGGUAUGCGGGGAACGGUGACUCAAAGUCGCCGGAAAGUUGGAAGUGCGUGUGA